AUGGUAUCUUGGCGGGAUCUAAAGUGCAGAAUAGUGGCAAUAUAUCUGCCGGCGAAGGCAACUGCCAGGGGGAUCUUCUUCCAUGAUGAGUUAUCCCCUUUCGUACAAGGCCUGGCCGCCUCUCCCUAUACCGUCCUCAUAGGAGACUUGAACAUCGUAGCGGACCCGGAGUUGGAUAAGUCCUCAAAGCUGGGGACUCCGGCGGAGAACCAGAAGCUUCUGCAGAUAUGCUCGAGAUGGGACCUGCAGGAUGCUUUCCGGAGUCUUCACCCGACGUGUAGAGAAUUUACUUUCUUCUCUAGAUCUGCAAGGACGAGUACGCGGAUUGACAGGGUGUUAGUUUCUCAUUCCCUACUCGGGUGUGUAACGGAGGCGAAGCACUGCAUGGUACCCUAUGGCCUGACUGACCACUGGUUUGCGGUGAAGGUGGCGCUCAAGGCGGCGGCAGCGGACGACCACAGUCCUGGCUUGUGGAGGCACCAGGCACCUCGACCCGGGGGUGAAGGGGUCAAGAACAUCAUUUCAGCAGUGGUGACGGCGCACGAGAGCAGCUCCAAUCAAAGCCUGGAGAGACUUGUGGUGAACAUGCGAGCCUGCAUGCGGGCUCAUGUAACAGAAGAGAGGAAGAGGGUGAGAGCGACCUUGGCACAUCUAGAGCAGAAAGUGGAAGAGCUGCGGUGGAAAGUGAUGGCAGAUGCCAAAUCACAAGGCUUAUACGAGAAGCUUGUCAAGGCUGAAGCAGCGCUCAAGCUCUAUCAUGACAGUAACAAGGAGCGGUUGCAGGUCAUGACAGGGAUGCUGAUGGAGCUGGUGAGCGAGACGCCCUCGGGUUUCUUGUCGGGGCUGGUCAAGUCGAGAAAGGCAAAGACGGAUAUUCUGGAGUUAGUUUUCAAGGGGACGCAGAGGAAAGGGGCGAAGGAAGUGUUACAGGCGUCCUCCGAGCACUUCAGAGAAGUGUACGCGGAGUCACCGCCAAAUCAUACCAUGGUGUCGUGGCCAAUAGAUGAAAGCAAGAUGCUGCAGGAAAAGGAUCAACUACAACUUGGUGCGGAGUGGUCUGAGAAAGAGGCACUCCUCGAUCGGCAUUUCAUCUUCUGGAGUUACGAGCUGUCGUGCAGGGGGGGGAAAGAAGGAGGUCUGGGAGUGAUCGACUUGAAGCAGCGGAUUGACAGCACUGUGAUACAAAAUUUGGGAAAAGUUUUGGCAGAACAGGUGCCGCUCUGGAAUUGGCUAUGGGAGAGGGCGGCCGGUUUCCCGCUCGGCCUGGCCACGAUCUACGCCCACCCCUCAGUGCUGAAGCAUUGGCUGGGAGGGGGCAUGAGGUGGAAGGCAGUGGUGAAGGCGCUGUGGGAAUCGAAAAUUGUGACCAUGGGCGACUCUGCACACAGAUGGGACGCAGAGGAGGAGCAGCUGCUUUUUAACCGCAAGAUUUUCUUCAGGGGUGGUUCGCCUUUCGGAAAUCAAGCAGGCUCACUCUGUCUGAAAGGUGUCCGCCUUGGGGACCUGGUGGCCAAAGGCACAGAUGGUGGCAGAAGCCUCAAAAGCGAGAGCGAGGGAGGUGGUGCUGAGGCUGCACAACAACAACCUGCAAGUGGGGGAGAGGCUCCCCUUCCUGGGGGAGAGGGCUAA